UGGAUUAAAGAGGCCCCUUGCAGCACUUGCCUGGCACUUGUGGUCAAAGCCAAAGCAGGCAGGCAGGCAGUGGGCUGGCUGGCAGGCUGGCUGCAAAAUGCAUCAGGUUUUCAGCUGCAGUGACGACCGCUUGCAAGUCUUCACCACUGUUCUGUCCCCUAAAAGUGAGCUGGUUGCGGCAGGCAGUGCCGCCAGGAGCAAACAGAGCGACUUCACACCAGUGAGGCACAAAACGGUGGUGGUAGAAUGUGAUUACUAUCCUCACUGGUCAGACGAACUGAUACUUUGCCAAGGUGAUCUUAUCCAGGUGCUGUACAAGGAUGAUGAGGUUUGGUGGUUUGGGCGCUUGGAAAACGGACAACAGGGAUACUUCCCAUCCACCUAUGUCAGUAAACACAAGGAAAACUAUGGCCAAGUGAAAAAUAGCAACACCAAAGAGAACUCCAUCAAGAAAGCAGACAGCAGACAGCCUGUGGGGUCGCUCCAGCCUGCCCAAGGUAGUCACCUUGGGCAGGCUGGAGCGACCCCACAGGCUGUCUGCAAAGCAGUAAGACGGAGCACCUCAAUGUUUGAGAAAUCGCAAGCCUUGCCAGUCAUCCACGCUUCAUUCAGACCAGGUCUGAUUCCUGAGCCUAGUCCAGAUGUCUCUCCUUCAGCGAGAGGGCAAAACAGGAAGAAUGCCAAGCAGUACCCAGUCCUGGCUCUAGGACCAGAUGCCACCGUACCACUGACAGAAAACCCACCGCACACAACCCGAAGCAUCCUUGGCAGGAUCAUAAUGAAAAGCAAGAAGAAGUCGCCAUGUUCAGGGGCAACAAAUAAUGCGUUUGAACCAGACUGAGGAGCUUGCUUAGGCCACAGUGGGGAUUCAGUUCUGUUCAGUCAACCCUAAUGUUUCCAAGUGUAAAGAAAAUCAUAUUUUGAGUAAUCACUUAGCCUGGGUAAAUGCAUAAUACUCAGGAGGAAAAUACUACUUUAAAAUAAACAAUAACGCAACAACUUGUGCUUUUUUAAAUUGAGUUUGUAACACUUGUUGUCUCAGUGACCAGUGCUAGUACUGUUUGGGAUUGUAAUGUUGGACUAUGCUGCUGUGAACUUUAGAACAAAUCUUUUUUAUUUACUCAUAUGAAAGUCCUAUGAUGUUGUUGGAUGGUAUAACAGUUGUUUAACAAUGAAUAAACGGUGAUAGUUUUGAAUGUUUCUUCUGGAUUAAAAGAGAUUAUACAAAUCUACAGUGAGCACCAAGGAUUUUCCUGCAUAUUGUUCAUGUUCGAAUAUCAAUAUUACAAAUCCUAUUGUAAACUGUAGGUCUUACAUAGAGCUCAGUGAUGUUUGUAUUGUUCAAUAUUGCUUUCCCUGUGUCCACCAGCCCAGGAGAGACAAAGUUCACACUCUCGCACUCACGUCGACCACAUCAUUAAAUCAUUCUUUGGAUGAGACACUAAUGUUGGUCUUUUAAUUCCUUUAUUCCUUAAGGCGGCGUGGCUUCAUGCCAUCCCUUUCCCU